CAUUUGAACCUCUCGCCCGAGCCGCUCGCGCGCCCGCCCGCUCGGUCUCCAGUCCUCCCGCAUACGAAAGGCAUCGCGCCGCCCUCCCGCCCUCCCGCCUUCCCUGCCACCGCCACCGCUUCCUCCGCAGCCCGGGAGGGAGAGGGGGGAGGGCAUGAGAAGUUGUAGCGGCCGAGGAGUCACCGCGACGCAUCGCUCCGCUUGCCCGAUCCCGUCCUCGCCCCGGUCCCCGCGUCUCCGGGGAGCAGCAGGGGCAGCGCCCGACGUUUCCUGGGUCACUCAGGUUUAUUCUCGGUCUUCACAACUCUGAGCUCCCUUUCUCUCCCGUUAGCGAGUUCUUCCUGGAACAUGAGGAAGGGCCCAGACCAGCCAUCCUUCAUUAUCUGUAGAGAAUUGAUAUAAUGGUGUGUCCAAGUGAGACUAUAUAAAGAAAUAAUGUUGAUAUUUGGAACCCAUGUCGAACAUCUAUGAAGAGAAGGUAACAAUGAUUGCAGCAGGGGAUUUGCAGGAGUUUGUUCCUUUUGGCCGUGAUCACUGCAAGCACCACCCUAAUGCGCUGAAUCUUCAACUUCGGCAGCUGCAGCCUGCAUCUGAGCUGUGGUCUUCUGAUGGAGCUGCUGGUUUGGUGGGAUCCCUUCAGGAGGUUACGAUCCAUGAAAAACAGAAGGAAAGCUGGCAUUUAAGGAAAGGCAUAAGUGAUGUUGGAGAAGAGGUAGAAUAUGAUGAAGAAUUGUAUGUGGCUGGUAAUAUGGUUAUCUGGAGCAAAGGAAGUAAAAGCCAGGCUUCUGCUGUUUAUAAAGCUUUCACAGUAGAUAGUCCUGUUCUUCAGGCACUGUGGUCUGACUUCAUAAUAUCACAGGAUAAAUCUGAAAAAGAGGACGGUAGCAGUGAAGUAGAAAAAUGCAUAUGCAUAUUACAAAGUUCUUGCAUAAAUGUGCAUAGCAUGGAGGGGAAAGAUUAUAUAGCUUCCUUACCUUUUCAGGUAGCAAAUGUUUGGCCCACCAAAUACGGUUUAUUGUUUGAACGAAGCAGUUCUGCACAUGAAGUACCUCCAAGUCCACCUAGAGAACCUUUACCCACUAUGUUCAGCAUGCUGCAUCCACUGGAUGAAAUUACCCCCCUUGUUUGUAAAUCUGGAGGUCUUUUUGGAACAUCAAGGGUACAGUAUGUUGCAGAUAGUGCGAUGAAAAUUGUUUUCCUCAACGCUGACCCUUCUGUUGUAAUGACAUAUGAUGCUGUUCAGGGUUUACAUUCUCUCUGGAUUCUGCGCAGAGUGAAACCUGAGGAACAGAAUGUGGUUUUAAAAUUCUCAGAACAAGGGGGUACCCCACAGCAUGUGGCUACCAGUAGCUCCCUUACUGCGCAUCUCAGAAGUCUCUCCAAAGGAGAUUCCCCUGGGGCUUCACCUUUCCAGAAUUACUCUUCCAUCCACAGUCAGAGUCGGUCAACAUCCUCACCCAGUUUACAUUCUCGUUCACCUUCUAUUUCCAACAUGGCAGCUCUUAGUCGUUCUCAUUCUCCUGCCUUAGGAGUACACUCAUUCUCAGGGGUGCAGAGAUUCAACUUUUCAAGCCAUAACCAAUCUCCAAAGAGGCAGAGUGUUUCUCAUUCUCCAAACAGUACUUCUAAUGACUCCUUUCUUGCACCAGAAGUGGAGCCGAUUGUUCCAGAACUUUGUAUUGACCACUUAUGGACGGAAGCAAUGACCAAUACUAGAGAGAAAAAUUCUCCAGCUUCAAAAGUAUUUAUUACAUCUGACCUCUGUGGCCAGAAGUUUUUAUGUUUUUUAGUAGAAUCCCAAUUCCAGCUUCGCUGUGUAAAGUUUCAAGAGAGUAAUGAUAAAACCCAGCUGAUCUUUGGUUCUGUCACUAACUUACAUGCAAAGGACGCGGCACCAGUGGAGAAAAUUGAUACCAUGUUGGUCCUAGAAGGCAGUGGAAACCUGGUACUGUACACUGGAUUGGUUCGGGUAGGGAAAGUUUUCAUUCCUGGACUGCCGGUUCCUUCCCUGACAAUGUCAAACACAAUGCCAAGACCUAGCACUCCAUUGGACAGUGUUAGUACUCCUAAGCCUCUAAGCAAACCACUUGGUUCCUUGGAUGAGGUAGUUCUGCUGUCGCCAGUUCCAGAGCUGAGGGAUUCUUCAAAACUUCAUGAUUCGCCUUAUAUUGAUGACUGUACUUUUCAGCAACUUGGAAGUUACAUUCACUCUGUUAGAGAUCCUGUCCAUAACAGAGUAACACUUGAACUCAGUAAUGGUUCAAUGGUUAGGAUCACCAUUCCUGAAAUUGCCACCUCAGAAUUAGUAAAAAAAUGUUUACAAGCUAUCAAGUCUAUACUGCCAAAAGAGAUAGCUGUGCAGAUGCUUGUCAAGUGGUACAAUGUUCACAAUGCUCCAGGAGGACCCAGUUAUCAUUCAGAAUGGAAUUUAUUCGUAACUUGUCUGAUGAAUCUGAUGGGCUAUAACACAGACCGCUUGGCGUGGAUCCGUAAUCUUGACUUUGAAGGAUCUCUUUCUCCAGUCAUUGCACCUAAAAAAGCAAGACCUUCUGACACUGGAUCAGAUGAGGACUGGGAAUAUUUACUGAAUUCUGAUUACCACCAGAAUGUUGAGUCUCAUCUUUUAACUAGAGCUUUGCAUUUGAAUCCUUUGGAAGUUUCACUGAUGAAGGAUGAUGUUUUGCAUAACCUUACUUUGGAUUCUUCUACACUUCUCUUCACUCAUAUACCUGCUAUUUUUUUUGUGCUUCAUCUUGUUUAUGAGGAAUUAAAAUUGAAUAGUUUAAUGGGAGAAGGAAUACGCUCACUUGUUGUUCUUCUAGUUCAGUUGGCAAGGGAUUUACAGUUGGAGCCAUAUUUAGAUUAUUACUAUAGAGACUAUCCAACACUUGUGAAAACUUCCCGACAAACAUGCAUAAUUGACCAAGCCCAAACAGUACUUAUGAAUCGCCCUCCAUUUUUUACACCUGAACCUCCAAGUAUAUAUCAGUGGCUGAGUUCUUGCCUAAAGGGUGAAGGAGCAUCACCUUAUCCUUAUCUAUCUGGAGUCUGUGAACGAAGCAAACUAAUUGUGUUGAGUGUUGCACUCUAUAUACUUGGUGAUGAGAGAGCUGUUUCUAAUGAAGCAUCACAAUAUUUAUCCAAAGUAACUUCAGCACCAAAAAAGAGUCAAAUGGAACAAAAUGACAGAUUUAGUUUCAGACAUAGUACACCUGUAAAUAGCCUAGCUGAAAAAUUAGUACUCUGGAUGACUAAUGUAGGCUUUACCUUAAGGGAUUUGGAGUCUCUUCCUUUUGGAGUUGCUCUUCCUAUCAGAGAUGCUAUCUAUCACUGCCGAGAACAGCCUGCUUCUGAAUGGCCAGAAGCUGUCUGUCUCUUGAUUGGGCGUCAGGAUCUUUCCAAACAAGCUUGUGAAGGGAACUUGCCAAAAGGAAAAUCUUCUGUUGCUCAGGUGCUCUCAUCAGAUGUGCCUUCAGGAACUGAAGCAGAGGAGGAAGAUGAUGGCAUGAAUGAUAUGAAUCAGGAAGUCAUGUCGUUGAUAUGGAGUGAAGAUUUAAGGGUCCAGGAGGUCCGAAGACUUCUCCAAAGUGCUCAUCCUGUCCGAGUCAAUGUAGUACAGAUGCCAGAAGUUAAUGACCAUGAAUACAUUGAAGAAAAAGAAAACAGGUUGCUCCAGUUGUGUCAGCGAACUAUGGCACUUCCCUUGGGGCGAGGAAUGUUUACUUUGUUUUCAUACCAUCCAGUUCCAACAGAACCGUUGCCUGUUCCUAAACUGAAUCUUACUGGACGAGCUCCUCCUAGGAACACAACUGUGGACCUUAACAGUGGAAAUAUUGAUGUGCCUCCCAACAUGGCAUGUUGGGCUAGCUUUCACAAUGGUGUUGCUGCUGGGUUAAAAAUAGCACCUGCAUCCCAGAUUGAUUCAGCUUGGAUUGUCUACAACAAACCAAAGAAUGCAGAAUUGGCCAAUGAGUAUGCAGGCUUUCUCAUGGCCUUAGGCUUGAAUGGGCAUCUUACAAAGCUAGCUACGCUUAAUAUACACGACUAUUUGACCAAGGGCCAUGAGAUGACAAGCAUUGGACUGCUACUUGGUGUUUCUGCUGCUAAGCUAGGCACAAUGGAUAUGUCAAUUACUCGGCUUCUCAGCAUCCAUAUACCUGCUCUCUUACCUCCAACUUCAACAGAACUUGAUGUCCCUCACAAUGUUCAAGUGGCUGCAGUGAUAGGCAUAGGCCUUGUCUAUCAAGGGACAGCUCACAGGCAUACUGCAGAAGUUCUGCUGGCUGAAAUUGGGCGCCCUCCAGGUCCAGAAAUGGAAUAUUGCACUGACAGGGAAUCAUACUCUUUAGCAGCUGGUUUGGCACUGGGCAUGGUUUGCUUGGGGCAUGGUAGCAACCUGAUAGGCAUGUCUGAUCUCAAUGUACCUGAGCAGCUUUAUCAGUACAUGGUUGGAGGUCACAGGCGCUUCCAAGCAGGAAUGCAUAGAGAAAAACAUAAAUCUCCAAGUUAUCAAAUUAAAGAAGGUGACACAAUCAACGUAGAUGUGACUUGUCCUGGUGCAACUCUGGCUUUGGCAAUGAUCUACCUAAAAACUAAUAACAGGUCUAUUGCUGACUGGCUUCGAGCUCCUGAUACAAUGUAUUUGUUGGAUUUUGUGAAACCAGAAUUUCUUUUGCUUAGGACCCUUGCUCGAUGCUUGAUUCUAUGGGAUGAUAUUUUGCCAAAUUCCAAGUGGGUUGAUAGUAAUGUUCCACAAAUUAUAAGAGAAAAUAGUAUUUCUCUUAAUGAAACUGAAAUACCAUCCUCAGAGGAUCUGAACUUGGAAACCCUGGCGCAAGCACAUGUCUAUAUAAUUGCUGGAGCUUGUUUGUCUCUGGGUUUUCGAUUUGCUGGUUCAGAAAACUUAGCAGCAUUUAACUGUUUGUACAAGUUUGCGAAAGAUUUUAUGAAGUGUUUGUCUGCACCCACAGCUUCAGUGACAGGCCAUUAUAAUCUAGAAACCUGCCUAAGUGUCGUGCUCCUCUCUCUUGCCAUGGUCAUGGCUGGCUCUGGAAACCUGAAGGUUCUUCAGCUUUGUCGUUUCAUGCACAAGAAGACUGGUGGAGAAAUGAACUAUGGUUUCCAUUUGGCUCAUCAUAUGGCUCUUGGACUUCUCUUUUUAGGAGGAGGCAGAUAUUCUUUGAGUACUUCAAAUUCUUCAAUUGCUGCUCUUCUUUGUGCACUUUAUCCCCAUUUUCCAGUUCAUAGCACUGACAAUAGGUAUCAUCUCCAGGCUCUUCGACACUUGUAUGUAUUAGCAGCAGAACCAAGACUUCUUGUGCCUGUUGAUGUAGAUACAAAUACUCCUUGCUAUGCAUUAUUAGAGGUUACCUACAAGGGCACUCAGUGGUAUGAAGAAACAACAGAAGAGCUAAUGGCACCUACUCUUCUUCCUGAGCUUCACCUUUUAAAACAGAUUAAAGUGAAAGGCCCACGAUAUUGGGAAUUACUUAUAGACUUAAGUAAAGGAAUACACCACUUGAAAUCAAUCCUUUCCAAGGAUGGGGUUUUAUAUGUGAAACUCAGGGCAGGGCAGCUCUCCUACAAAGAAGAUCCAAUGGGCUGGCAAAGCUUGUUAGCUCAAACAGUCACCCACAGGAAUUCUGAAGCCAGAGCUUUCAAGCCAGAAGCUAUUUCAGCUUUCACCUCUGAUCCAGCACUUUUGUCAUUUGCUGAAUAUUUCUGCAAACCAACUGUGAACUUGGGUCAGAAACAGGAAAUUCUUGAUCUCUUUUCUUCAAUACUUUAUGAAUGUGUCACUCAGGAGAAUCCAGAGAUGCUGCCUGCAUACAUAGCAAUAGAUCAGGCUGUCAGAAGACUAGAAAGAAGGGAAAUGUCUGAGACUUUUGAACUUUGGCAAAUAAAGUUGGUGCUAGAAUUUUUCAGCUCCAGAAGUCACCAGGAGAGAAUGCAGAAGAUCCCUAGUCGAGGACUUUUUAUGAAUUCUGAAUUCCUUCCUGUGAUGAAGUGCACAGUUGAUAAUGCUUUGGAUCAAUGGUUACAAGCUGGAGGUGAUGUGUGCCUGCACUCCUAUUUAAGUGGCCAGCCCACAGAAGAAUCCCACCUAAGCAUGUUGGCAUGCUUUUUGAUUUAUCAUUCUGUUCCCACCCCAGGGCAGCUGUCGGCUGGAGGAUUAGAAGGAAGCAUGAGUUUUUCUGAGCUACUUCUAAAAUUCAAGCAACUGAAGAUGCCAGUCCGAGCCUUGCUGAGGCUGGCUCCUUUGCUUCUUGGAAAUCCACAAUCAAUGGUACUGUGAUCACCUUAGUUAGCAGACCUGCCCUGAAUAUGAAUUUUCCACAAAAGUGACCAAACAUCAAAGCCUAAAGUAUUGUUUAUAAGUUAUGUAAUAGAACUAUGAAGGAAAAUGAACUACACAGACAUCAAAUUGUAUUUUAAAACAAAUGUUUUCAAUGUUACAGAAAGCUCUCAGUUGCUGUUAGAAUAUGUAAAAGUGAA